GUCCGGCAUUCGGCCUCGAGCACAAACAUGAUGUUUGGUAGGCUUAACGUUCAAGUGCAAAGAAUGUAAAUUUUGCUUUAGCAAAAGAGAACGGUGCGGUAAGGCUGCGGCCGUAAUGCUCCUCUAUGUCAAAUCACAUUAGGGGUCGGAUUGUGGGACGUGAGGAUUCAGAAAAUAGUCCAGUUCAGAAGAGGACCUUGUUAAGCGCUGAGUAUCCUGGCAGCAAGAAGCUUAAGCUGGCCGACGAAAUGACAGACACGGCAAAUCAGAAGAGGCCGAACUUUUCAGCUCUGAGCACAAGUCCCAAUGGUAUUAAUAAAACUGCAUCUCUAGUAAAUACCAAACCGGGCGCUGCGAAAAAGCUUGUCAUCAAAAACUUGAAAGAAAAACCAAAACUUCCGGAAAACUAUGAAGAGCAGACUUGGGAAAAAUUGAAAGAAGCUGUCAUUGCCAUUCAGACCUCAAAGUCUAUACGCUACAGUCUGGAAGAGCUUUAUCAGGCUGUUGAAAAUAUGUGCAACCACAAAAUGGCCUCUCAUCUUUACCUUAAUCUCACAACAUUGGCUGAACAACAUGUUAAAGCUAACAUUCAGCAGUUCAUGGCAGAAUCUAUGGAUCGACACUUCUUCUUAAAAAAGAUGAAUGAAUGUUGGCAAUCACAUUGUCGACAGAUGAUUAUGAUUCGAAGUAUAUUUCUUUAUCUCGACCGAACUUAUGUUCUACAAAAUCCAACAAUACACUCGAUUUGGGACAUGGGUCUGGAAAUGUUCAGACACCAUAUUGUGAUGAACACUCUUGUUCAGACUCGAUGUGUCGAUGGCCUCCUCAUGCUUAUUGAAAAAGAACGGCAAGGAGAUGCAGUUGAUACAACGCUUUUAAAAUCCCUCCUGCGAAUGCUCUCUGAUUUACAAAUAUAUCAAGAGGCAUUUGAGUCUAAGUUUCUUUUAGCCACAGAACGUCUAUAUGCUGCUGAGGGUCAGCGUUUAAUGCAAGAACAUGACGUACCUGAGUAUUUAGCACAUGUCAACAAACGUCUUGCUGAAGAAAAUGAAAGACUUCUGCACUAUCUAGACUCAUCUACAAAGUGGGCUCUCAUACACACUGUAGAGAAGCAACUUUUAACAGAACAUUUAACCGCAGUGCUGCAAAAAGGACUGGAUCUUUUACUUGAAGAAAACAGAAUAUCUGAUCUAUGUUUGCUGUAUAAGCUCUUCACCAGAGUAAAAACUGGUCUUCAAGAAUUAUGUACCAACUUCAAUGCUUACAUUAAGAAAAAGGGUCGUACGAUUGUUAUUGAUCCGGAGAAAGACAAAACAAUGGUCCAAGAGCUGCUUGAUUUUAAGGAAAAAAUGGACAAUAUUGUUUCUAAAUGUUUCCAAAGCAACGAAAAAUUCAGUAACAGCUUGAAAGAGGCAUUUGAACAGUUUAUUAAUCAAAGAACUAAUAAGCCUGCUGAACUUAUUGCCAAAUUUGUUGAUUCAAAACUUCGUGCUGGAAACAAGGAGGCAUCAGAAGAAGAACUGGAGCGUUUGUUGGAUAAAAUUAUGGUUCUCUUUAGAUUUAUUCACGGCAAAGAUGUGUUUGAAGCAUUUUACAAAAAGGACCUGGCAAAGAGAUUAUUAGUUGGUAAAUCGGCUUCAGUGGAUGCUGAAAAAAGUAUGCUGAGUAAGCUAAAGCAAGAAUGUGGUGGGGGCUUCACUUCCAAACUGGAAGGCAUGUUUAAAGAUAUGGAACUAAGCAAAGAUAUUAAUGUUGCUUUCAGACAGUAUAUGUCCAAUGCACGUACUGCACAUUUACUGAACACCAUAGAUUUGACAGUAAGCAUUCUUACCAUGGGAUAUUGGCCUACAUAUGUUGCCAUGGAUGUAACUCUUCCUGCCGAAAUGGUCCAGUACCAAAAUUUCUUUAAUAGAUUCUAUUUAGGAAAGCAUUCAGGCAGAAAGCUGCAAUGGCAACCUACAUUAGGUCACUGCUUGCUCAAGGCUGAAUUUCCUCAGGGUAGGAAAGAGCUUCAAGUCUCUCUCUUCCAGGCUCUUGUACUUUUACUUUUCAACCAAGCUGAUAAUAUAACAUUUGAAGAGAUUAAAGCAGCUACUAAUAUUGAGGAUGGAGAAUUAAGGCGAACUCUUCAAUCUCUAGCAUGUGGUAAGGCUAGAGUUCUGCAAAAGACUCCUCGAGGUCGUGAGGUUGAGAACAAUGAUGUGUUUGCUUAUGAUUCUCAGUUCACAAAUAAACUGUGCCGCAUCAAAAUUAAUCAAAUUCAAAUGAAAGAAACUAAUGAAGAACAGAAAGCAACAGAGGAGAGGGUCUUCCAAGACAGACAGUAUCAAAUCGAUGCUGCUAUUGUAAGGAUUAUGAAAAUGAGGAAAACCUUAAGUCAUAACCUUCUGAUUAGUGAACUUUAUAACAUAUUGAAGUUCCCCGUAAAGCCUGCUGAUUUGAAGAAACGCAUUGAAUCCUUGAUAGACCGAGACUACAUGGAGAGGGACAAAGACACAACAAACCAGUACAAUUAUGUUACCUAAAUGUACUAACAUUCAGUUGGGCUGAAAUAUGUUUGAAAGGUAAAACAUGAGUCAUAUGUAAAGCAAGAGCAGUCUAUGGCGAGCUCAUUUUGUUGUGAAUUGUCCACAAUUUGUAAUGUCAAGACAUUAUUGUACAGUUAUUUUAUUUCACAUCUGAGUGUGAUUGAGUCUGGAAAGCUACUUACAGAUUGUUUACUGAGUGACCUGUGAUGUUAAAAUGAAUUGGAAAGGCCUUACUCUGUUAGGGGCAAGUAUUUCUCUCCCAAUACUCGCUGACUAUGGAUUUUGUGUAUUUAUUGUCUAUUAUCUAUUAUCUUUUUGUAAGAUUGAUAAGGCUAAAUUUAACCCUCAUUGGGACUGCAAUGUUAUUAAAUUUUGUGGGUGACCAUUUUUGUUGCUCUCUCCCUUAUGCUAUGUUCCUGAACACUUAUGGUUUACACCUUGAGAAUUUCAGAUUGGGUCCACAUCUACAUAUUGGCAACCGGCCUGGAGAUGCUUAUCGAUGCUUAUUGGUCUACUUCAUUCUUGAUUCACACCAAUAUUGUGCCUCUAACCGUGAACUGUGAGGUGAUUCUCCAGAAUUAUGGAAGACUUAACUUCAGUCAUUUGUCACUGUGACUAGUUAUUAAAAAGCCAUAUGGAUUUGUCUUCAAAUUCAUUUCAGAGGCACUAUUUUAUUUUGUAUAGUUAUUCCCUUCAGUGAUCCUAACCAAUCUCCAUCUUGUGGGUAGAAUACCGUCAGCAAGUUGUGUGUAUUUGUGUGUUGGUUAAAGUAAUCUUAAUCUUCCAUAUAAACCGUGUGCUAAAGUAAUGAGAAUUCAGAAGCAUUGUCGUAGAUUUGAUUGGAAGUGAUGUUACCAGAGCAAUCUCCAUUUUCCUAAUUUUAAGUCCUUAAUAAUUAAUUUGUUUCUAUCAGCUACAGAAGUCAAAAUCUUAUCUGUACUGUUUUAUUGAUUGACAUCAAAUUUUGUGAAUGAUUUAUUCAUUUUGUCUUGAACCUGACUUGCAACAUGUACUUCUUUUGCUGCAAUACCACACUUGUUUGCCAUUUUUAAUCUAAUUUAUACAUUGAACAUCACUCCUAAUCAAAUUUAAUUAAGCUGUGAUAAACACCAUUAUGUUGUGAAGAUAAAUUUAGAAAAGGGAAAAUAAUUGUCACUGGUCAUUUUAUGAAAAUACCUGUACAUUGAUUUUCAUUACAGAAAUAUGUAUGAGUUGCUUUCAAUAACCCCCACCCUCUUUUCCCCUACCUCCCUGUCUUUUCUCUGUACAAUAAUUGUACGUAUGUGUACUAGUUCAAUAUUUUUCAACAAAUAUAGUAGAUCUACUACUAA